GCCGGGGCCACUCCGCCGGUGCCCUCGGGAAACGCGGCUCGGGUAGGCCGCGGGAGUGAACAAUGGAGCCAGACAUAAAAGUGAAUGAAGAUUUCAAAAGCCAGUUUAAGGCUUAUCAGGAGCAACAGCAAAGGCGGCUGCAAAAUUUGAUGGAGAGGAAGAAGGAAAAGCAGAACAGGCAGAAGAACACUGGCAACACAAAGGAGACUGUAAGAGCCCUGAGUGAUCUAAACCUGUUUAAAACAGAACCUCCUGUAAAGGAAGACACCAACAAAAGUUUGCUCGAGGCUGAGAAUGAGCAGCUGCAGGAUCAGCUCCGUGAGGUGCGGGAUGAGAACUGCAGGCUCUACAAACUGGUGUCAGAGAAAGAUUUUGAAAUAAUGCAGCUCCAGAAAAGAGUGCAGGAGGAGAGGUUGGCUCUGUCAGGGGUGUCUGGUUUAGCUGGAGACGUGGCAGCCACUAAAAUAGUCGAGCUGGCCAAAAAGAACCGUGAGAUGACUGCUGAGUUUGAAAGUGAGAGAGCCAGAGUGAAGCAGCUGAAUCACAGAGUCAAGGAGCUGGAGAGAGAACUACAGGCAGCCACAGAAAAAAUCCAUUCCCUUGGUGGCGAUGCUACCGGAAUCAAGGAAUCAACUCUGAAAAUGCUGGAAGGAAACUUGGCUGAAAGUCCAGAGGUGAAAGCACUUCAGGAGAAACUGAGCACAGCCAAUGCAAAAGUGACGGAAUAUCGGAACCAGCUCCAGAAUGUGAAACAGGAGCUGAAGCUGACCCAAAAGAUUUUAGCCAAAGAAGUCGGGGAAGAUGUGAAUAUCCAAAGUCUCUUGACCAAUUUUGGCAGCUGGCGUGGACGAGCUCAGCAAAUUCUUCUUCUCCAAACCAGGGUUAAAGAGCUGGAGCAUAAACUGAGUGAAAACAAGAUCAGAACUUCACUGCUUGAGAUGGGUGAGGGAUUUCUGGCAUUUCCUGAUCCAAGGAAGUUGUCGGUCCAAGAGAGGAACUUGCAGAAGAUUCGCAGCUUGGAAAAAGAGAAGAAGGAAUCUCUGCAGAAACUCGCCGGGCAACACAACACUCUCCAAAAAAACCAUGAAGAACUGAAAAAAAAAUGCGAUGCCUCAAAAGCCAGGAACCAAAUGCUGUGUGAAGAAGUGAAGGUGCUGAAGGGACAGAUUGGAACCUUGCUGGAGAAAGGGAAACACGAUGAUGAGCUCAUAGAUGCCUUGCUGAGCCAGCAGAAGCAAAUGCAGGAGAUCUUAAAGGGCCUGAGCAUUAAGGAGAACGAGAUGAUGGGGCAGUGCUUGAACAGUGAGGUGCAGAAAAACCCCAGUCUGAUGCACCAGUUCGGAGAGUUGGUGACUCCGGGAGAAGUAAAUGAUGGAAUGCUGGAAGAGGAGAUUGGACAGCUCACGCUUCUGCAGAAGAAAUCUGCCCAUCCGUGGGACAAGUCAGGAGCUGCUCAUCCACCACCCUCUGAGCACCCAGCACCAGGCAGCAGCGAGGCUGGGAGGACAGAAUCUGCCCGCAUCGUGUCCGCAAUGGGCCACACGCUCGUGGAGUCAGCAGCCACGGAGCCUUUCUUCCUCAGGGAUACUACCUCUCCUGGAAGGUCUGCUGGCACGGACAGCUCCACCUGGGAUGUGCUGCUGGGAGAGAUCACAGAGCAAAAGGUUCUGCAGCAGCUUCCUGAAGUGGAGAGGAACAAGGUCCUGCAGCUGUUGGCUGUGCUGCAGAAAAGGGAGGAGGAAAGCAGCCACAAAAUCUCAGAAGCUGAGAAGAAUCUUCAGGAAGAGCGAUGGCAGAGUGACAUCUUGGAAGAGCAGCUUGAAGAGCUGCAGGUGGAUCCAGGGAGCAGCACAAGUGCCCAGAACCCUGCCCUGAGCAGCACAAAAGCUCAGCCAAGCCCCUUCCUGUGUGUGAGUGACCGCGAGGAGCUGUCCGAGCUGCCCCUGGAAUCUCGGGUGGAGGAGCUGAGCCUAAGGCUUCAGAUCCAGCUGGACAAGAACAAAGAUUUGAAGGCUCUUCUGGAGGAGACUCUGAGAGAGAGAGGGGAAGAUUUUAAACUGUAUCAAAUCAUAGUGGAGCAACUGAAGGAUAGGUUUUCACAGCAGCACGAGCAAGGGAAGGGUUAAGCCAGAUACUCCCAGUGCUUUGGGCUGCAGAGCAGGGGGAGAGCCCAGGCACCAGUGUCAUUUUGCAGCCUCAGAUCCUGUCAUUUCUUUAGCGUUUGCAGCAGAGGAUGAGAAACAGAGAUGAAAUACAGAAAGUGAAGGUUUUAUGUGUCAGCAAUUUAUCUGUGAGGGUUGGCAAGCAGGCUUGGUGCAGUUUGAGGAGCUGCAGUUCUGCAGGGGGAUUUUGGGCAAAAACUCGCGGGUUUCAGCACAGUGUUCCCUGAGUGGGCUCGAUAUUCAAUCUGCUGCUGCCUUUAUCAGCUCAGGAAGGAAUUUGCUGUACAAAAGUUAGGCCAGCCCCCUUCCUUAGAACAAAACAAGCUCUGUUUUUAUCCCCAUGCUGCUACCUGCCUGUCUCAGGCUUUCUGUAGCACUUCAGUGCUGAGGCACAGGAUUAACCUGACCUGGGACUAUCUGCAAAUCAGCUUUGGGUGGGCUCCUCUCAUCAUUCCAACCUCUUUCUUGGCUUGAACACACUGGCAGCAGUUUUCUAAAACUCCAGUGAGUUUCCACUGAAAAGCUGUGCAGAUUACCCCUGCACUGAGUCAACCUACCUUAAAUUCAGCUCAUCCCAUACCAAACUUGCUGUUCAGUUUAUGAAUUCCCUGUUUCUGGGCCUCUGCAUU